CGCCCCUCCUUCAACUUGACGAAAAAUGAUGUGGCGGCUGCUUCUGCUCGCCGCCUUCUGUCGCGCGGAGUCGCCGCACGAUGCGAUCUUCGCGGCGCUGCAUUCGCCGCCGAUCGAGAUCCUCUCGCCGACGCAGAACCAGGUGCUCGAGUCGUCGAGCCUCAGCAUUGGCAUCGUCGUGCGCGAACCAUCCCGCGCCCUCGAGAACCCACAGGUUUGCGUCGGCGUCGCGCCCGUCGCUCGCCGCGAGAGCUCGAAUAUGAGCGAAAACUGCUUUGAGCAGACCAACAUGACGACGUUUCACGCGACAAACCUCGAGCCUGGUACGCGCUACCACGUCAAUGUGCAGCUGGUCGACCGCGGCAACGUCAUCGCCAUGUCGCUGCGCCACUUUCGCGUGGCCGCCGUGCCUCUUGAGCACAGCUACGUCACGGUCGAGGUGGCGCUUGAGGCGGCGAAGGACCUGUACAUCGAUGGCCAGCUGGAGGCGGCCAUGGCGAUCUACGAACGCAUCCUCGACCAAGUGCCCGACCACGAAGGUGCCACGUACGUUUACGCUGUCGUGCUGGUCGAAACCAAGCAGGACGAGACGUUGAUCUCGGUGCUGGACGCAGCGCUGCGGCGCAACCCGUCGCACGCCACGUACCACAACCUCAUCGCGAUCUCUCUGCGCCGCACGGGGCAGCUGGAUGCUGCGCUCGAGCACUGGCGCCGCGCGAUCGAGCUCGACCCGAACUUUAUCCGAGCGCAGAUGAACCUUGGCUCAGUCUUGCAAGACCACGGGUACCUGGAGGAUGCACUGCGUGAGCUUCUAGCGGUCGCUCAUCGUCUGGAUGAUCUGCGAGACAACUCGCUCGAGUACGAAGCUGCCAGUCGCCUGUGCUCGCUCUUCAUCGACCUCGACAAGCUUCCCAACGCCCACCGGUGCUUUCAAAGCGCUGUGGAGCGCUGGCCGCAGGACGCUCCGUUUCACAUUGCGUAUGGCAACCUCUUCUGGCGCUCCGACGACGUGGAGGCGGCGCUCGACCUGUACCUCGCCGUGCAGCACCACGACGUCACUGCGAUGGUCUAUGCUGCUGUCGCACGGGAGCGCCAGGGCGACGCGGAAGGCAGCGCGGCCUUGCUGGACAAGGCGCAAGCGCUGGCCAUCACGCAGGGCAAACCUUUCAGCUACAUUCAAGUCCACCGCGCGCUCGUGCUUCCCUGGAUGCAUCCGAGCGACGACCGCUCCGUCGAUGCAGUUCGCGCCGCCAUGGAAGCCAGCCUCGAGGCGCUCACCGACCUGCAGUCCGAUGACGUCGCUCCGUCACGCCGACGCUUUAGCCUCGGGCUCCCGCUGCACGCACACCUGCGCAACAACAAGCAUCUGCGCGCCAAGAUAGCCGACGCCUUCCGCGGUUUGCUACCCGCUGCCACGACGCAGGGAACCGCGCAGCGCUUCGAUUCGCCGCACUUUGGCGCUGUUGCGAACCUCCCGCGCACGCGCAUCGGCUUUGUCGGGCGACUCGCGCCUGCCUCGUGGCUUCGCGAGACGUUCGAUGCGCUCAUUCAGCAGCUCGACACGCAGCGCUUUGAGGUGUUCUUGCUUACGCUCCACGCCGAGGAAGACGGCGCGGCCAACUACAUCGAACACAUCGUCGUGCUUGCCGACGCCGUGACAGAGGCCGCCGCCGAGAUCCGCAGCUGCCGCAUCGACGUGCUCGUCUACCCCAGCCUGGGCGACGACGCAACGACGUUCGCGCUGAGCUUGCUGCGCCUCGCUGCCGUCCAGGCGGUGUGGUACGGACUCCCAGAGACAUCCGGCGUGCCAACCAUCGACUACUUUGUGACGUCGACGCUCGAGGCCCCGGGGCACGAAGACCACUACACCGAGGCGCUCUUCCCACUAACCGGCCUUGGCUUCUUCGUUGCGCUGCACGAGCCCGCGCCAGUGCCCACGUUGACGGUCAACGACGUCCGAACGCUUCAGAAGAAGCUCUUCAACUGGCCUCUGGAGGAUCCCAUCCGCGUUUACGUCCUCCCGACCGACAUUGUGUCGAUGCACGCCGACAUGGUCGUCGCCAUCAAGCGGCUGCUGCGACUCGACAAGUUCGCGUGCGUGCUGAUCGCAUCGACGGCCCAGUCCACGACGCUUGAGAGUCAGCUGCUCCAGCGAAUUGGCCUCCACAACGCUCGCGUCCAGUUUGGUCGCCUCGAGUCCGUCCACUCGAUGCGCAUCUACAUGCGGGGCGCCGACGUUGUGCUCCAGCCGCUCUACACCCCGCGCGUUGAGCCGACGCUCCACGCGCUCCGAGAAGGCGUCCCGAUCGUGACGCUGCCGAGAGCCUAUUGGCGCACGCGCCUCGCGGCCGCCAUGCUCGACAAGGUGGGCGUCGCCGACGUGUGCGUGACGCAGACUGUCGGCAGCUACGUGCGCCGCGCGAUCCAGCUCGCGUCCAAGCGCGCACUGCGCGACGAGGUGAUUCAGCGCAUGACACUUGGGCAGGAAGCGCUCUUCGAGGACGAGACGGCCGUCACCGAGUGGACGCGCUUCUUUACUUUUGCGACCGAAGGACCCACGAGCCAACGCCAACCGAUCCUGUUGAGCAUGACGUAACCUUGCGUAAUGCCUGCUAUUUGUGAUACGGCGUGGCAUCCUCACGAGGCGGACCAGUCCCAAC